AUGUAUAACUCGGUGUGCGAUCCGGAAAGAAGUCCAACAGACGCAAAAAAAUCAGCGCACGGAGCGAUCCGGAAAGUUCUUCUUCGACACUGGCGUAUCAUCGAUCGUGCACGGCUACAAUUUUUCAAUAUCUGGCUGCUGAUUUUCUCAGUUCUUCAAACUGGCCUUGUCAAUUACCUGGUGCCGCAGGAAGUGACCGGCGGCGAUGUUGCGCAGAUGUCCACCUUGCACGCUGGCCUGUGCAUUUCCACCAUUUUCCAAUUCCUCACACUGCCCAGGCAACGGCGGCUUUUUGUUGCUGUUUCGGUAGCGUGGUCCGUGUAUAACGUGCUAUCUUGCGCAGUACUGAUGUGGAAUACAAUUCGACAAAAUCACUGUUUUUUCUUUGCGCUUGUAUCACUUCUGCUGGAACAGAUUGCUUUGUUGUUCAUUGGACUGGUAGCAGAUGCAAAUGAAGCUGGUAGCAGGGCCGAUAUAUCGUUGCGGCUAAGCGAAGCUGUUACUCGACGAACCGAACUACAAACUCUGAAGGAUCGUCAGGAUCAACUACUGCUCUCCGUCAUCCCCGCCUAUCUCACUGAUCGGGUAAGUAAAGCGAUAAUGGCGACCACAAUGGAUAAUGCGAGUAAAAAAAGUAAAAAUCGGAAACUGUUCCACGAACUACAUGUGCAGUACCACGCAACAGUUAGCAUACUGUUCGCCGAUAUAGUCAAUUUUACAGUACUCGCGGCUCAGUUGAGUGCUAAGGAAUUGGUUCGAACACUGAAUGAGCUUUACUCCAAAUUUGACCAAGAAGCACAGAAACUGCAGUGCAUGCGAAUUAAAUUUUUGGGCGAUUGUUAUUACUGUGUAAGCGGUAUGCCUGUAAACAGGCCAAAUCAUGCCGAUAUGUGUGUUUUAAUGGGUCUUGAAAUGAUUAAAACUAUUAAGUAA